GUUGCAUUCUUAUUCGUCCAUUAUAAAUGCAUUUUGUGUUUUUUUUCCUUUUUUGUAUUGAUCGGUUGAGAUAAAUUACAAACAAAACGAGUAAUUUAAAACGCGGUUGGGUUUUGUGAUUGUUAUAUGUCCCGGACAUGCAGCACAGUUGUUUGAUGUAUCCUAGCAACGCAAUGAACGAGGCUCACCGCACCACCAAAGUCGGGUAGGCACCUUGUCGUCAUUUCUGACAUGGAGCUCACCUCGUUUCCUCGUUUACACGUAGAAAGAACUUUGGCGCUCAUUAAGCCAGAUGCAAUUCACAAAAGUGAGGAAAUUGAAGACAUCGUUUUGAGAAAGGGCUUCUCCAUUUUGCAGAAGCGAAAAAUUCAGCUAACUCCAGAACAGUGCAGCGACUUUUAUGCAGAACAUUAUGGAAAACUCAACUUUCCCAGCUUGACUGCCUACAUGAGCUCUGGUCCAAUCAUUGCCUUGACUCUGGCCCGGUACAAUGCAAUAGCCUACUGGAAAUCCAUCAUUGGACCUGCUAAGGCCACAGAAUGGCCUAUUGACAGCCUUCGAGGGAAGUAUGGCACCUCUGAUCUGCAAAAUGCCGUCCAUGGCAGCGAGUCAUUUUGUGCUGCUACUCGAGAGAUUAAAUACAUGUUCCCAAACACUUUGAUUGAGCCCUUCCCUACAAAAGAAGAACCCGAAGAAUAUCUGAGUCGAUACGUGAAACAAACAUUGCUUCAGGGACUCACUGAGCUCUGUAAACAAAAACCACGCAACCCCUGUGUUUGGCUUGCUGACUGGCUGAUCAAAAACAAUCCAAACGGGCCUCAAAUAUUUGAUGGAGCUGUUGAGGAAGCAAAAUGACUGGUACUACAAAACACUAGAACAUUUGGGCUUUAAUUACAAAAGUUCCCACUCUUGAAAAAAAAACAAGUAUGUGGUGGCAAUUUUAAGCACUGCUGCAGUUAAUAUUGUAUAUUCAUUUGAGAUAUCCAUUUGCUGAACUUCAUGUUUUGCUCGUUUAGAUGCUCUGAGAACAUCAUAUAUUCUAUCAACAGGCAUGGUGAUUAUUGUUGUUGUAUUUGUCAAUGUGUAGAAAAUCAGAAUUCAAUACAAAAGAGCCAAUACACCUAAAAAAAAAAAAAGGUUUCUACUUUAAAUUACUUUUUCAACCCACACAUCUGUCAAAUCUGAUGCAUUCAGAAAAAAAGUGGAAUGUUUGCUAAUGAAAUGUGCACCAUGUACAGUUUUAAAAAUGGAAUCAAUGUAUGUUAUUUCCCAUUGCACAGACUUUGUCUUAGUAAUCAACUGAAGUGUUCAGGGGCAUGCGUGUCGCACUUAUCCCAUUAUAUGAUUGGCUGAGGAGUGAAAUUGCAAAAUGCAUCUGACCACCCAAACACAUCUUGUUUUUAUUACUUGAUUUUGUUAUUAAUUCAUUGAUUGUUUUCUCCUCACGGCCCUGAACAGUUUGUGUCCCUACACAGGCAGUAGCUGCUCGCACAGAAUUAAGCGAAAUGGACUCGAAAUACAAUAGAAAGUCUUAAUUAGAAUAGAAAGCCUUUAUUGUCAUUGUACAGAGUACAACAGAUGUUAAACUUCAUCAUAACGUCCACCUCAUAAAACAAGAGUAAAAUUAAUCUAAUAUAAAAAUACAGGUCACCGUAUACACAGAUUGGGAAUCAAGUGAAUAAGUGACUAGCAGCAAGUGAUUAUGUAGUAUUAAUAAAACAUUGCAUAUAUGAAAAUUUACUUUACUCAGACUAAGAGGCUGAUGGCGGACUUGAUAUGACAGUUUGUGCUUAGAUAUUGAUGUAACAGUGCAAAAAUCCUAGAAUGUAAAUGUGCAAAUAUUGCAUAUGCAGUAUCAAGGGUAUGCAGUACAAAUCUGAGAACAUAUUACUUAGUGAGAUACAUAUGACAAUGUUGUGGCAUUAGCAGUGCAAUGACAGUGACAUUUCAGUGCAAACUUUAGUUGAGGAUGGUGACAGCUCUUGGAAAGAAGCUGUCUCUUAGUUUGUUUUGGUUGGUAUGGCCCCGUGGCGCCUACCAGAGGGCAACAUGUUGAAUAGGUGGGAGCUGGGUUGUGUAAAGUCUUUUAUGAUGCUUCUUGACCGUCCUAGGCACCGAGAGUUGUAGAUGGUGGAAAAGGGAGAAAGGGGGCAGUCGAUAAUCGUUUGUGCUGUUUUGAUCACCCUCAGCAGUCUUCUCCACUCUGGUUCUGUGCGGUUUAAGUGCCACACUGGCACAGCAUAGGUCAGCAGGCUCUCAAGGCCGACUGGUAGAAGGUCACCAGCAGGUAGGUGUCGAGUUGCUUCUGAGCACUCUUAGGAAGUUUAGUCUUUGCUGCGCCUUCUUAACCAGUGCGGCGGGGCUGGUUGCCCAGGAAAUGCAAUGCGUGUGGAUGGCUCAUUCAUGAGGAUAAUCACUUCUUUUACAUGCCAAAACCCAGAACAUUCUUUUGUUUAUGGAAAAAUAAGACCAUCACAACGAUCCGGCUUCCGAGGGAGGCAGUCAACAACUUCCUAAUAUGGCUGCACACAUGUACAUUGACCAGGAGCAUAAUUUUGGCAAAUACUAGACUACAUACAAAUGCUCUGGGAUUUUUUUCAAGAAGUUUAACGCUGUACAGUAUUCAGAAAACUUUCAUAAUGUCGUUCAUUUACUCCUUAUAACUCUUUGAAACUCACGUUAUUUCGACAUUGAAAUCCAAACUUGCUAUGCUUUGUAUCAACUCUAAAAACAUUAAACCCGCAAUAUUAAACAGUUAGCCUGGACAAUGGUCGCUACUGCAAUAAUCACAGGUAAAAGCAGUCCUUCUGUCAUGUUUUUUUCUUUUUGAUUGAUUGAUUGAUUUAUUUAUUUUUAUGUA